AUGUCUUCCUCUACAGUCACUGAGGAGGAUGAGGAGGAGUUUGUGUCUGAGGGUCCUCGCAAACCGGUGCUGAACUGCAUUGAUCUGCUGAGUGACAGAGAGGAUGAGGAUGAAGGAGGCAUGUCUGCCACACUGGAGGAGCAGGUUGACCAGCAGAGGGCUCAUGCUGUGUCCACACUGGACCUACUGGCACGGCAAGUAGCUGUGGAUAAACUGGAAAGGCUUGAAAAGUGCAAAGCUUUAAAUAUGCUCUGCAGUAAUGGCUGCACUAUUGUCAAUGCCGAUCAAAGUGAGGCUGACAUCAUGAGGUCGAUGGUGGUCAUGGGUCAGCGCUCCUCAUGCCCAAAACCUUUUUUUAGCUUGAGUCAGAUGGAGGAGCACAAAGAGCUUGUGAAAGAUGAGGUGAAGAGGGUCCUCAGCAUGGACAGGGCCCUUCUGUACUACAGCAACUAGUGUGAAAUCCAACUCGCCCAGAAGGCCACGGCAUGUGGGAGCGAUACAGACGGGCCUUCAGGUAAACGACAAAGACUGGCCAGCUUAGAUCCCCAAGCUGAACCAAGAAAAUGUUCACAGCUCGCCUGGUUCUGUGAAUGCGGCCUACGCUUCACAGAGGAGGAUCAAGCAAGAAAACACCUCCAAGCCGCCAAUCAGAUCUUUCACAAAUGUGCAGUCUGUGGCACGAUCAUGGGCGAGUCGACUAUAGCACGCUUGCUCAUGAGCCGGUUCCACGGUGGUGCUCAUUUGUCCAACCUCCUCUUCCGCUGCAGAAAGUGCAAGGUGGAAAUGCCUAGGAUAGAAGUAAUUAUGGCCCACAUUGGUGUAAGCCACAGAGGGCACAACUACUACCAGGGAAGAGAAGACACAGCAGACGACUGCGUCUCAUCUAGUAUGUCCCCCAAACCAUCCACCAGCACCAAAACUGAAGCAGUUUCCUCUUGCAUAUCGCCUCCAAAAGCAGAGUCUUGGCUUUAUCGGAUGUGUGAAGACCUCUUCGACUCUGAGGCGGUGGUGCGGAAACUCUGUGGUGAUUUGAGCAGCCACAGUUUCCAGAUGUUUGCCUGUGGCCACUGUCCACGGAGGUUUUUCAAGGACUCCACCCUGCGACGACAUUGAACCAAUGAGCACGCCGGCGACAUAGUCCUUCGCUACUUCUGCGGGCUGUGCGAUAGCAUGCUGUACGACACCGAGGAAGACUUUCAAGAGCACUACAACAGUCUGCAGAUCCAAGAUUACUGCUGCUUGGAAGCGCCUCCAAAUAUUUCCCAAACAUCCACAGAAAACACCAUUGGGAGUACAAGCCUUGUGCAACUUUGUCCUUGCAUGGGCUCUGAGAAAUCCAGUGGAAAGGGCAACGAGAAGAGUUUCAAUGUUCUGUGCACUGUUUGCUCACACAGCCAUAAAGAUAUACCCAGUGUCCAUUCACAUUACCACAAGCAUCACUGCCAGUCAGAGCCUUGUGCUUCUUCCCGAGGCAGCGGCGCAGACGAGAAACCUGCCGCCUCCACCAGCACAAUAAAUGCCAACGAGAUCUUCCCUCAGAGUAAUGGUGAGGUUUUUAUUCUGUGUCUGGAGGGAUAUAAAGCUUGUUUCCCCCCUUAA